CUUGUGGCCGCCCAGGCCGUCAUGGCCUUCACCCAGGCCUUGGUCACCGUGCUGGCGUUGGUUGCUGGGACCCUGCCACACAGACACAGUAAAACCUCCGUUCUUAAAAAGGGCAACGGAGAGAACUGUGUCCACCACACCCAGUGCUUUAGUGACUGUUGCCUCAUAGACCUGGAAAGAGGGGGGGCCUUCUGCACCUCCAAGUCCCGUGUAGGCAUGGCGUGCUUGCCACAGACCAAAGGGAGUCUGAACAUCAUGUGUCCCUGUCGAACUGGCUUAAGCUGUCAUUCCAAAGACCCCACGUGUGCCCGCCGGUGUCAAAUGAUAUAGAGGAUGACCCUCGCAGGCUGUUCAUGUCCACAGCCGCUGCACCCUCCCUCCCCGGGUGCCACCCCACCCCCACCCCCACAUCGACUCCUGGGCAUUAAAGUCGUUUCCUG